AUGGUGCCAUCAUGGAAUGAAAGAAGUGAAAUAUUGCCCCCUGGAUCACAGAGUGGGCUGAACAUCUCUGGCGUCAGUUUACCUAAAGGUCAAGACAUACGUUUGCUAGAAGGAAACCUCACCACAGUCUUCCUCCCUCUCAUUUACAUCAUCGUCUUCAUUGUGGGGUUGCCCACUAAUGCAACAUCCCUCUGGGUGUUCCUCUUCAGGACAAAAAAGAAGCAUCCAUCGUCCAUCCUAAUGGCCAAUCUAGCACUGGCUGACCUGCUCUUCAUCAUUUGGCUCCCACUGAAGAUCACUUACCACUUCAACCGCAAUAACUGGACCUUCGGGGAGCCACUGUGUAAAGUCCUAGUGGGGUUUUUCUAUGGGAAUAUGUACUGCUCCACUAUCUUCAUAGCAUGCAUCAGUGUCCAGCGCUACUGGGCGAUUGUGCACCCACUUUCUCGGAAACUGAGCAACCAUGUAACAGUGCGUGUAUGUGUUUGUGUGUGGAUUGUAGUCUGGCUCCUCACUGUACCACUCUACCUGUAUAAACAGACUAUUAAAGUCAGCAAUCUCAACAUAACCACCUGCCAUGACGUCACUUGCCCAAACCAAACACAUUUUCCUGUUGGAUAUUUCCUGACCAUGGGCAUUGUGGGAUAUGUAGUUCCCUGUGUGGUGUGUACAGUGGCGUAUUUGCGAAUAUUAUGCUCUCUCAGGAAAUCUAUGAAUGUCAGCAGCAACAAGCAGAAGCGGAAGGCUAUAACCCUCAUGAUCAUUGUGCUGGUGAUGUUCCUGGUCUGCUUCACUCCCAGUAACAUCACACUGAUGGUACAUUUCUCUCUGCUGGCUCGAGGGACUGGGAACAACACUUACGGCUUGUACAUCAUCAUGCUGUGCCUGUCCAGCCUCAACAGCUGUCUGGACCCAUUUGUGUAUUAUUUUAUCUCAGAUGAGUUCAGAGAUCAUGUGAAGAACAUGUUAAGUUGUCACAGUGCACGUUCAGCUGAUAUGAAGGUGGCCUUCAGACCCGUGAAGGUCUCCACAGAAUCUUCAUCUUACACUUGGGAAGCGGGUGACAGGCGGAGCAGAACGCCUUGCCCUUUUAAUGAUUCAAACUGCUUGCUCCCUUGA